GGUGCGGGCCGGGGAUCGACAAGCAUGGAUCCGACCGUGGAAGUGGUGGCCCUGUUUCUGGGCUUUCUGGGCUGGGUGAUGGUCGGGGUGGCGCUGCCCAACCGCUACUGGAAGACGUCCACGGUGGACGGCAACGUCAUCACCACCUCCACCAUCUACGAGAACCUCUGGAUGUCCUGUGCCACCGACUCCACGGGCGUCCACAACUGCCGGGAAUUUCCGUCCCUGCUGGCGUUGAACGGUUACAUCCAGGCGUCCCGCGCCCUGAUGAUCACGUCGGUGGUGAUGGGCGCCUUCGGCCUGGCGGCGGCCCUGGUGGGCGUGCAGUGCUCCAAGGCGGCCGGCGACAACUACGUGCUCAAGGGUCGGAUCGCGGGCGCCGCCGGCGUGCUUUUCAUCCUGCAAGGUUUGUGCACAAUGGUGGCAGUGUCCUGGUACGCCGUCAACAUCACCCAGGAAUUCUUCGACCCAUUCUUUCCGGGUACAAGGUAUGAAAUCGGCGAGGGGCUGUACAUCGGGUGGUGCUCGGCCGUGCUCGCCAUCGCCGGGGGGGCGUGCUUAAUGUGCUCCUGUCGGAUGGGCUCGGAAGGAAAGUACCCUUUGCCUCAUCAAAGCAGGGGUACUGUUUAUUCGGGACCGGCCCGGACCAGAAGUGUGGCUGCCAGCACUUACGGCCGAAAUGCGUACGUUUAAAUGAAAUCUUUUUGUACUCAAUAAUAAUAUGGUCGUCAUUGUUUUGUUGCCACAUUUUGUACCCGAUUGUUUGUUCAUGUCAAAUAUUCACAUGCAAUUACUAUGAUUUGAUUCUCGAUUUUUGCACUUUUUCCAACAUAUUUUACAAUUAUGCGCAAUAAACGUGUACCGUACAUGAUGAA